AUGCCGUUGGCCAAUUUGCAAGAAUAUUGGUCGAGGAAUAUCGCCAGGUAUAUUCCUUUCUAUUCGGAUACAUUUACAAGAGACAGAUUUAGCCAAAUAUUCUGGAUACUUCAUCUGAAAACUAUGUCAACGCGCAACACGAAUCCUACAACGCGACUACAACGAGUAAGUUGCUUUUUGGACUAUAUCAACUCAAAGUUCUUGGAUUAUUUUAUACCGGACGAGCAUAUAUGUGUGGACGAGUCAACGAUCAAAUUCAAGGGUCGAAUUUCGUUCAUAACAUACAAUCCUAAGAAACCGACAAAAUGGGGUAUCAGAGUUUAUACUUUGGCUGACUCGAAGAUUGGCUACAUUUGCUGCAUUUUGCCAUAUUAUGGAUCACUCACAACAGAGCUCUUGGUCAGACCCGAUUUACCUGUUUCAUCAAGAAUUCCGAUAUACUUAUACACAAUGUUGUUGGAGAACAUUCCAUGUGCUCAGCGGCACCAUAUAUACACGGAUCGCUACUAUACUAGUUAUGUCUUAGCUCAAGAACUAGCUAAAUUGAAAUGCAAUAUCACAGGAACAAUCUUAACGAACAGGAAAGAAUUGCCCAUGGAAAUAAUAAAGUUAAAUUUUUCGAAAAAAACCACGGUUGCGUAUCAACGGGACAUCACCUUACUUUUAGGGUGGAAAGAUAAGAGGAUUGUCACUUGUUUGACUACAAGGGGUGACACAAGAAUGUCGACGGUCAAAAGGAUUACACGAGGUGGUGUGGAAAUAAUGGUCAAGAAACCUAAUAUUGUAUUGAAUUAUAUAAAAUAUAUGGGUGGUGUUGAUCGGGCGGACCAAUAUGCAUCAACGUAUUGUGUUCUGCGAAAAUUGCUUAAAUAG